CUCUCUCCUCCGUACUCUGUGUUGGCGUUUUUAUGAUCAACUUAUUACUUUCCAUUUUUCUCUCUCCAAAGCCUCUGCUUACUCUGCUAGCUGUAGAGAAAGAGAGAGACAGAGAGUUGAGGCACAAAACAACAACAAAAAAAAAAAAAAAAACAGCAGCAGCAGAAGAGAUUAGAUUAGAUUAGAUCAUAUCAUAUAAUAUAUCAUAUAAAUAGAAGACAGGCAAAGUUUCGCUCAUCCCUCACGUACCCAUUACUCUCUCUCUCUCUCUCGCUAACUGCGGUGGGGACUCCACCACUUCAUACUGGGACCCAUGCAUUCCUCCUUCUCCUCCCUCCACCUUCUUCUGUAAUUUGGUCACCUUCUUCAAUCUCUCUCUCCUCUCUCUCUCUCUCUCUCUCUCUCACCACACACACAGAUCGAACCCAGCUAGCCAGAUUACAGAGCAGAAUUAGCUUGUGAAGAAAUUAAUCUACAUUGCACUUUUAGGUCCCAUAAUUAUUAUUCAUCCAUUUUUAUUUAUUUAUUUAUUUUCUAUGUGAGGUUGGGUUUGGGUAUCUUGGGAUGGGACGAUAAACAGAACAGAAUGGCCUAAAAAAAACAGGAUUUUUCAGGACAAAGGUGGUUCUUUUGAGAGAUUAUUAGAGGGGGAGGUGGUUGGUCACAUUGGAAGUUGGAUUUUCUGUUGGAUUUGUUGAUUUCACCACUUGGGUUUUGUUGGUGUUAGUGUUGGUGUUGUGGUCAUGGCGGACACUGGAGGAGGAAGACUUUUUGCUGGGUCUCACAUUAGGAAGGAGUUUGUGAUCAUCAAUGCUGAUGAGAUUGGACAGCAGAUUCAAUCUGUUCAAGAAUUGGGUGGGCAAGAAUGUCAAAUUUGUGGGGAUGAGGUAGAGAUUAAUGUAGAUGGAGAGCCCUUUGUUGCCUGCAACGAAUGUGCUUUCCCUGUUUGCAGACCUUGCUAUGAGUAUGAGAGAAGAGAGGGAAACCAGGCUUGUCCUCAGUGUAAAACAAGAUACAAGCGCAUCAAAGGUAGUCCUAGGGUUGAGGGUGAUGAGGAGGAGGAUGACAUUGAUGAUUUGGAGCACGAGUUUGAUUUUGCAAACCUUGAGGCUUGCAGCCCACAAGAACUGUUUGGGGAAAUGGUCUCUGCACAUUUUAACACUGCAUAUUGUGCCCACACUAAUACAUCUGAAACAGCCACACGCACACCCUCAGAACUUGGUUCUUCUUGUCCUCCUGAAAUUCCUCGCUUGACCUAUGAUGAAGAGGAUUCGGAUAUUUCUUCUAAUCAACAUGCUCUUGUUUUUCCCUCGUUUAUGGGUCCUGGAAAUAGAAGCCAUUCGGUCCCUUCUCCUGCUCCAUCCGUGUCUUCACAACCCAGAUCAAUGGUUCCAGAAAAGGACAUAGCUCUAUAUGGCUAUGGGAGUGUGGCAUGGAAGGAACGAAUGGAGGAGUGGAAGAAAAGGCAGGGUGAUAAUCUUCAGGUGGCCAAUCAUCAAGGAAGUAGUAGUGGUUGGGACCUUGACGGGGAACUAGAUGAUGUUGACUUGCCUAUGAUGGAUGAAGGCAGGCAGCCACUGUCAAGGAAGUUGCCCAUUUCUUCAAGCAAGAUAAGCCCGUACAGAUUGAUAAUUUUACUCCGUCUUGUAAUUCUUGGCUUCUUUUUUCAUUAUAGAAUUCUCCAUCCAGUUCAUGAUGCGUAUGCCCUGUGGUUGACAUCUGUUAUAUGUGAAAUAUGGUUUGCGGUAUCAUGGAUUCUGGAUCAAUUCCCAAAGUGGUCCCCAAUAGAGCGAGAAACGUACCUUGAUCGGCUAUCACUUAGGUAUGAAAAAGAAGGGAAGGCAUCUGAAUUAGCUGAUAUAGACAUCUUCGUAAGCACAGUUGAUCCUCUGAAAGAACCUCCACUAAUCACAGCAAACACCGUUCUAUCCAUCCUUGCAGUGGAUUAUCCGAUUGAGAAAGUUGCAUGCUAUGUCUCAGAUGAUGGUGCUGCCAUGCUUACUUUUGAAGCACUUUCUGAGACAUCUGAAUUUUCUAGGAAAUGGGUUCCCUUUUGCAAAAAAUUUAAAAUUGAGCCUCGGGCACCAGAAUGGUAUUUUUCUCAGAAGAUUGACUACUUGAAAAACAAAGUUCAUCCAGCAUUCGUGAGGGAACGGCGUGCAAUUAAGAGAGAAUAUGAAGAAUUUAAAGUUCGGAUAAAUGCAUUGGUUUCCAUGGCACAAAAAGUUCCCGAGGAAGGUUGGACAAUGCAGGAUGGAACUCCAUGGCCUGGGAACAAUGUCCGUGACCAUCCUGGCAUGAUUCAGGUAUUCCUUGGUAGUGAUGGUGUUCGUGAUGUCGAAGGAAAUGAGUUGCCACGUUUGGUCUAUGUUUCUCGUGAGAAAAGGCCAGGGUUUGACCAUCAUAAAAAAGCUGGGGCUAUGAACGCUUUGGUGCGGGUUUCAGCAAUUAUCUCUAAUGCUCCUUAUCUUUUGAAUGUCGACUGUGAUCACUACAUUAACAAUAGCAAGGCACUUAGAGAAGCCAUGUGUUUCAUGAUGGACCCCAUUUCAGGAAAGAAAGUUUGCUACGUGCAGUUUCCACAAAGAUUUGAUGGGAUUGAUCGUCAUGAUAGAUACUCAAACAGGAAUGUUGUAUUUUUUGAUAUCAACAUGAAGGGGUUAGAUGGUUUGCAAGGACCGAUAUAUGUUGGAACAGGGUGUGUUUUCAGAAGGCUAGCACUUUAUGGAUAUGAUGCUCCUGUGAAGAAGAAGGCCCCUGGAAAAACAUGCAACUGCUUGCCAAAGUGGUGUUGUCUAUGUUGUGGGUCCAGAAAGAAUAAGAAAGGAAAGUCAAAGAAGGAUAAGAGGAAGAAGAAAAUGAAGCACAGGGAUGCAUCAAAGCAGAUACAUGCACUUGAAACCAUUGAAGAGGGAAAUGAAGAAAUAACUUUGGAAAAUUCAACCCAUAUUUCCCAAGUAAAACUCGAGAAGAAAUUUGGGCAAUCUCCUGUAUUCAUAGCUGCCACACUUCUGGAGGAUGGCGGUAUACCUCAGGAUGCUGGUUCAGCAGCACUCUUGAAAGAAGCCAUUCAUGUUAUCAGCUGUGGUUAUGAAGACAAAACAGAGUGGGGAAAAGAGGUUGGGUGGAUAUAUGGGUCGGUGACGGAAGAUAUUCUAACAGGAUUCAAGAUGCACUGCCAUGGUUGGCGGUCUGUGUAUUGUAUGCCUAAGAGGCCUGCAUUCAAGGGGUCAGCUCCCAUCAACCUCUCAGAUCGUCUUAACCAGGUUCUUCGAUGGGCCCUGGGAUCUGUUGAGAUUUUCCUAAGCAGACACUGUCCAAUCUGGUAUGGCUAUAGGGGCGGAUUGAAAUGGUUGGAACGCUUCUCCUAUAUUAACUCAGUCGUCUAUCCUUGGACUUCCAUUCCCUUGAUAGUUUACUGUACCCUUCCAGCCAUCUGUCUUCUCACUGGGAAAUUCAUUGUCCCUGAGAUCAGCAACUAUGCGAGCGUUGUGUUUUUGGCCCUCUUCAUAUCGAUUGCUGCAACUGGUAUCCUUGAAAUGCAAUGGGGAGGUGUUGGAAUAGACGACUGGUGGAGAAAUGAGCAGUUCUGGGUGAUUGGCGGUGUUUCGUCACACUUCUUUGCUCUCUUCCAGGGUCUACUUAAGGUUUUGGCUGGGGUUAGCACCAACUUCACUGUUACCUCCAAAGGAGGAGAUGAUGGGGAAUUUUCUGAGCUUUAUCUCUUCAAGUGGACAUCACUACUAAUCCCUCCCACAACUUUGCUGAUUAUAAACAUUGUUGGGGUGGUCGUUGGUGUCUCAAACGCCAUUAAUAACGGAUAUGAUUCGUGGGGCCCAUUGUUUGGUAGGCUAUUAUUUGCUAUAUGGGUCAUUGUGCACCUUUAUCCUUUCCUUAAAGGAUUACUUGGGAAACAAGAUAGGAUGCCUACAAUUGUUUUGGUCUGGUCAAUUCUCCUUUCUUCAAUAUUAACCCUUUUGUGGGUCCGAAUCAACCCAUUUGUUUCAAGAGAUGGUCCUGUGCUCGAAGUGUGCGGGUUGAAUUGUGACUAAAAAAGAUGGUUUUACCCAGAGGAGCAACGGAUUUGGAUUGUUGACCACCAACCUGCCACUUGAAUAUAUUUUUAUUGGGGCAUGGUUUGCAUCAUGAUAAGAAACAUAUCACGUUGUCGGUACAGGAACAGCUUUGGUGGGGAGGAGCGUACUAGGGAGGGAGGGAGGGGAGUGUAGUGUAGAGUUGUGUUGUGUUUGUGUUUGUGUUUGUAGAUAUGGAUCGGAGAGCAACAAGAGCUGGUAUAAUAUUUUUGUUUUGCAGCAGUGGUUUCAUUGAUUCUUUUGUUAGAUAAACUAUCUUUGGAGUUUUUGGUUUUGUUGUAUUGUUUCUUGUGGAUAUUAUUAGAUCAUAAGUUGUGGCUUCAUGUCUCUGAGAAUUUAUUCAUUCUAAAUUUCAUUUUUGCUCCUUUUGCCCACUUGGAAA